AUGAAGGCCCAGAGGCUGGAGAGGGUGAGUCCCCCUAACAUGGGCAGGCAGAAGGCAGGCCUGGGCCGCAGGCCGUCCGUCCGAGCGCGACCCCCGACGGAGCCGAGCGGGACCCACCGGGACCUAGGCUGCGGCACGCGGGGCGGGCGGAGAGCUGCGCGCGCAGACGCCGCGCCCCGGAAGCCCCGCCCUCUAGCCGAGAGCCGUCCUCCGCGUCAGGACCCGCGCUUCAGCCUGCGUCCAGGCCACGCCCAUCACCGCGCCCAUUCCACGGAGGCCCCGCCCGCCCACCCCGCCCUUGAGUCGCGGCCCCUCCCCGAGAGCGGCCUUCCAUCCGGGCCCCGCCCACCAGCACACCCGCGCUCCAAUCAGAUCACGUCCGUCGAACGGCCCCGCCCAGACGUCGCGACCGCUCACCCGGCUCUUUAA